UGGCGCGUGUGAGUGAGCGCGAGACCCACAACAUACGCGCUCGCACUCAGCUGAACAGUACUCGCGCGAGCGAACGCUCACACAAAAAUAUGUUUCAAUUACAGUGGAAUACAUUUCUUUAGGCGUUACUGCUCAAUUAAGAGCUGUUCCUUCAAAAACACACAGCCUUCCCAGACCUGCGUGGUUCACGAGGGAGGGACACUGCAAGACGCAUUUGACUUACUGUCGUUUGACACAAUCAUCAUCAAUGAGGACAUUAGGAAUGGCUGUGUUGAAGCAACAAAGAGUGGAGGAUUUCUAUGAUAUUGGAGAAGACCUUGGAAGUGGACAAUUCGCUAUCGUGAAACGCUGUAAGGAGAAAAGCACAGGUGUGGAGUACGCUGCAAAGUUCAUAAAGAAGCGGCUGAAUCGGGUGAGCCGGAGGGGCGUACGGCGAGAGGAGAUCGAGAGGGAGGUGGACAUCCUUCAGGAACUGCAACACCCCAACAUCAUCUCAUUACAUGACGUUUACGAGAACCGCACUGACGUAGUGCUCAUCCUUGAGCUAGUAUCUGGAGGCGAACUUUUUGAUUUCUUGGCCCAAAAGGAGUCAUUGAGUGAAGAAGAGGCUACAGAUUUCAUCAAACAGAUCCUUGACGGAGUUCAAUACCUCCACUCCAAGAAAAUUGCACAUUUUGACCUUAAGCCUGAAAAUAUCAUGCUGCUGGACAACAACGUCCAAACACCCCGAAUCAAGCUUAUCGACUUCGGUUUGGCGCAUAGAAUCAAGGACGGAGUUGAAUUCAAGGACAUUUUUGGGACUCCAGAAUUUGUUGCUCCAGAGAUCGUCAAUUAUGAGCCGCUGGGAUUAGAGGCAGACAUGUGGAGCAUCGGAGUCAUCACAUAUAUCCUAUUAAGUGGGGCAUCGCCGUUCCUUGGCGACUCAAAGCAGGAAACCCUCGCGAACAUUUCAGCCGUCAACUAUGAAUUUGACGAGGACUUUUUCGGAAGCACCAGUGAGCUGGCCAAAAGUUUCAUCAAACAACUGCUUGUCAAAGAUACGAGAAAGAGACUUAAGAUAAAUGAUGCGCUCAAUCACCCAUGGAUAAAGCCUCUUAAUCCCAGACAAGUUUUUGUGCGGCGACAAUCUGUGGUCAACAUUGAGAACUUCAGGAAACAAUAUGCCAGGAGAAGGUGGCAGUUUACGUUCAGAAUCGUGGCCCUCUGCAACCACUUGACACGCUUGAUGAAGAAAGGCAAUCCCAAACCACAGGAAAAUCCCAAGAUAGGCUAUGUUGGCUCCAAUGGGGCCAUGUUUGAAAGAGAUUGUGAGAGCGAUCAAGAGGAAGAGGUUAUGCAUAGGAGACCCAUGACCAGAAAGAGGAGCGGCACCUCCUGAAACCUCCCACUUCUUCACACGGCUACACAAGCAUCACACCUGCAGUGCACGCUGGUUUCAAGUGUGCCUAUGUCCAAUGCACACAUUUUAAAUUGUUUUGAGAAAGGGCAUCAGGGUGUCAGUAAUCUGUGUGUGGCUUUAUAGAGAGUCUAAUUAUUACUCAUUAGUCUGUAAACGUGCAAUUGUGACAAAUAAAUACUUGUAUUCAUGUACAUAAUGGAAUGAGGAAGCGUUUAGUGGCUACGUUAGAAGAUUGUAUGUAAAAUGUACCUCUACAAUGUGUCAUUUUUUCUUGGAUCUUCACAAUCUACAGUCAUUGGCUGUCGUCUUAAUGUGUGCCAUAACACACGUGUGCAUUCCUUUUUAUAAAUGUAAUCAAAAGUCCUAAGACUGUACAGAUGCCAGAAGGUUCACAAAAUAUAUAGCCAACUUUAUUUUUUAUUGUGUAUUAUACUGUGUAUGAUAUUAGCUGUUUUAUGAAUCAUUUUGUUUUGUAGAUUGACUUAAAGUUUGCUUCUGGCAAAGUGCAAAUAGUGUUUAUUUACUGAUCCUGAAUGUAGGUCAAUUAUCAAAGUCGUCUUAGAGUUUAGAGGAUGAUCACAAAAUUCAUCUGGUGUUAUUGAAUUUCGGGAUAAAGGGAUUAUGCUUCUGUAACCUGUUGAACUCAACAGUUUUGAACUCCUGUACAAUAUUCUUCAUUUAUUUCAGCAUUAGAAAGUUUAUGGAAUUGGAGAAAUCUCUCUGAAUGUUCUUAUUUAAUCAUUUACAAUUUUGCUUUUAUUUUUAACAGUAUAAAAACUUUAGUAUGAUAAUAAUUGUAUUACAUAUUGUAGAGCCAUGCACACCUGUUAUUUGAAUUGUGUGAGUGUUCCUUUGAACUGAUAUCUCUCAUUGGUCAAUACGCAGCACUUUGUGUACCACCGAAGUGACCAUCAGGAAGAUAAGAUGUAUCCUAUUGUUUUUAGGAAUGUGCUCUGUACAAAAGGGGUUGUAAUGUUUUCACAAAUUGUACAAUUCAUAUUUGAACAAUGUAUUUAAAUGUUUUGUUUACUUGUAUGCAGGAUUAUGUUGAAUGCACGCAUUAAUCUCCACCUGCAUUACAUCACUUCCUGUGCAUCAAUCAUCUUUUCCACAUGACUGAAUGAGCGAUGACUACAGUAUUGUUUACAAGUAUAAAGUUUAUAAUUGUAAAUCUGCUAAGAAAUGUCAAGUAUUUGUAAAAGUGCUUUAAGAAAAAUAUCUGUCAUGUCUGGAUAUGUGGACACUGUACGAGAUAUAAAAAUAAAAUGCCCCCUUUUGUACAAAAAGUAAUAAAUACUUAUUAUAUUUA